UCAGUUGUUAUUUAAAAAUAGUAAUAUAUCUCUACUCGUUUUUAGAAUAGUAAAAACUCUACGCAAAAAUCGGACACAUAUGAGGCCAUGUCUAUCUUUUGAAUCUUGACCAUCCCCUUCUACUCAAAACCAUUUCCUUUUCUCCCAAGAAACCAUUUCUCUCUCUCUUUCCCUGAUCAAACCUUUCUGACGAACUAAAAAAUGAAGAGUCGGAACAGAAACCUAGCCACACUGAGUUUGAUGAUAAUUACGGUAUUGACAUUGACGAAGAUCGUGGGAGGGCAAGAAGCACUACUAGGUAAGAAAGUAAUUCCGCUAUGCCACAGAGAAUGUAUGCCAAUAUGCAUGAAAGUGACCGAAGCCACGCAAGAGAUUUGCGAUAAUGCAUGUCAAGCAGGUUGUGUCCAGCUUCAAGGUCGAGGCACUGGACUUUCAGCCACGGAUCAAGGAGUCGAUAUGGUCAUCGCAUAAACAAUACUUUCUAGUGAUUGUUCAACAAUAUAUAGUUGCUUCUUUUCCUUUACAUGCUUGAUUAGAUUGUAAAUUCGGGUUUCGUUGUUCGUAUGAUAUGAUAUGAUAUAUAUCAGCA